AUGUACAACGAGCCCGUCUCAUACGUCUCCCCGGUCGUUUUUGAUGUCCAUCCUCAAGAACCCGAACCAUUUCAUUUCGGAGCAGCAGCAACAGCAACAGCAACUGAAUCGAGUGCUGCUCUCUUUUUCGACCAGCCUCAGUCUCGACCGGCGGUCUCCCUCCCGAUGUCGGUCUUUGCUACGGCUCUCAUCCCCGUCUCGUCGUCGAUGACAUCUCCUUCUUGUGUUCCCCACCACUCUGUCGGACAUUGGACGCACGUACAAGAAACACAGACACAGGCACAAGAUAUCAUGACUCGUUUCUUCCCUGUUUCUGCCUCUCCGUCUUCCACGUCGUCCUCGCCUGCGGUUCACCAGAUCCAUACCCCUCACCCCUCAAUUGUCGCGCAGCAGCAGCGACACAACCAACACUACCACUACUCCUCCUCACCUCAACAAAACUACUUCCACCAUCAUCAUCAUAAGCAACAGGCAAAUGACUGGGUAGCAUACGAAGACCCUACUCUUUCCCCUCUCUCGCAAGACCUGGGUCUGGGCGGCAGUUCGGCAGACCUUUCGGACCUCGACAGCAACUCCCCCGUCCUCAGUCAUGACUUCGAUGAGCUCCUCUUCAAGACUAUGGUCGAUAACCUUGUCUUUGAGAGUGACAGCCACUUUGACUUUGGCACUUCCCUCAUCUCUUCCACCACCAUAAUCCAACAACAGCAACAACAGAAUGUGCCUGCGCCACCGUCCCCUACCCCCGCAGCAGUUAUGGUCGCCACGCCUCAACUGCCUCCCUUCUCUCCCAUCUCCCCUGCCGCUGCAGCUUUUGUUGCGGCUGCUACGCCCUCGAUUCAUUUCCACGUUUCCUCACCCACACCAUCCCCUCUUUCGCCACCCUUGGUGCCUUAUUCGCCCUCGGCUCCCUUCUUGAUCCCCUCCAACCUGUUCCAAACCGCCCAGCCUACUCCUUGCCCUGCUUCUUCCUCUUCCUCGACCCCCGUUGUUGCCAGAUCCUCCAGCAACAAGUCGACACUCAAGACAAAGUCCCGCAAGCGCACCCAGGCCAUCCCCUCCUCAACACCCUCAACACAAGUAAUAUCCUCAAUCCCCUACUUUGACAGUAACCACGAAAAGCGCUUCCGCUGCGCCUGGACCGGCUGCGACCAAGACUUUGAACGCCACCACAACUGCAAAGCCCACUACUCCACCCACACCGGCGAACGACACUUCAAAUGUGAACACCCGGGUUGUCAAUCCAAUAGUUUCCGUCAGAAGGGCGAUCUAACGAGACAUAUGAGGAUUCAUACGAAUGAGCGACCCUAUGCUUGUGGGGGUGCUGGGUGUGAGAUGGCUUUUGGAAGGUGUGAUCAGAAGGCGAAGCAUGAGAAGAAGUGUCCCUUAUUGGCUCAUGGUCGGUAG